UUCGAAGAGCAAAUAGUCGUCGCCGCGACGUCGACGCGACAGUAUUCAGCGUGAGGGGAGAUUCGCGCUCUCACCAAGAGUCUCGCGUGAACUUUCUUCAGCUAUCCCUACCACCGCUUCCACCUCCGCUGUCACAUCGCGUCGAUGUUGUAACAGUGUAUUGUACAGAGUAAAAUCCAAGAAAAUCGUUCGAAGCGCAACGACAUAUUCUUACGAUUCGCGUUCGCGGAAAUAAAAUAAAUAUUUAUCAAAAAUUUCGCGCAUUGCAUAUACAUAUAUGAAUGCGCGCAAUAUACGCGCGCGUGUGCUUGCUGGAUGAUCCUGUUGCAUCGUAAUCCCGAAAUAGGAUCAAGGAUAACGACGUCAUAAUUUUUUUCAUAACUACGUAGUGCGUCGAGAGUCAAGAAAACCGGUCUGUUGUAUUUAAUUUCCAUUUUAAAGAAAAACACAUUAUUUACACAUUUCGUGUAAAAAAAACUUACUGCAUAAUGGUUUCGUUAGUGGCGAGCAUCAGAGUUACCAGCACUCUUCAUCAUCUUUACGCUAAUGCCGCAAGGACAUUGACUACAAGCGCGAUGCCAAGUCCCAAGGACGAGGCGAGAGAAGUGAUUGUUAAUUAUUUAGAUGGAAAAGAUAAUGGCAUCGCUGUAUUAGGGCUGAACAGACCAGCGGCCCGUAAUUCCCUCGGAAAAAUCUUGGUCUCUCAGUUGAACGAUGCGCUAGCUUCUAUCAAGCAGAACAAUAAACUGAGGGUACUCAUCAUACGCAGUUUGGUCCCGAAAGUGUUCUGCGCCGGGGCUGAUCUACGGGAAAGAUUAAAAAUGAACACGUCCGAGGUGCCGCAAUUCGUAUCCUCCCUGAGAGAUCUCAUCACCGAUGUGGAAAACCUACCGACUCCGGUGAUAUCGGCUAUUGAUGGUGUCGCACUGGGCGGAGGGCUAGAACUCGCAUUGGCAACCGAUAUCAGAGUCGCUUCUUCCGAAGCCACGAUGGGUCUCGUAGAAACAAAAUUGGCCAUAAUACCUGGUGCCGGUGGAACGCAGAGACUUCCAAGGAUAAUCGGAGUAGCCAAGGCUAAAGAAUUGAUUUAUACAGCCCGAAUUCUGGAUGGUGAGCAAGCAUGUACGAUCGGUCUCGUGAAUGAGACGGUUCCGCAAAAUAAGACUGGUGACGCCGCUUAUCAAACGGCACUCUCUAUCGCGAGAGAAAUAUUGCCCAACGGUCCUAUUAGCGUAAGAUUGGCAAAAGUGGCUAUAUCCAAAGGCAUGGAAGUAUCUUUGGAAGAUGGUCUGAAGAUCGAAAAACAAUGCUACAGCAAAAUUGUGGAUACAAAAGACAGACUCGAAGGACUUGCUGCUUUCAUAGCAAAACGUGUACCCGUUUAUCAAGGAGUAUAAAAACUUACGGCGUUAUCGUAAUAAAAGCUUAAUUUAUAUAUCAUGAAAAUAUUUUAUAACAAACAUUUACGUAUUUUACGUAUAAGCAUUUUAUAUAUAAUGCAUUUUAUAUAGAUUUUAUAAGAUUUUUUUUCACAAUAUACAUAUAUAUAUAUAUAUAUAAAACAUUAUGCUGUAUAUAAAAUUACUUAUAUGUCGGUUUUGAGAUACUUAAUGUAUUUUUAACAUUUUAUCCGAACUGCGUAAAAGUUAAAAAUUGCGAUCAAAACUUACGUAACAAAAGCUAUUUAAAAAUAAAAAGAUAAUAUCAAAAGUUUUUUAUGCAAUCUGCACAAUAAUUGCGAAUGCAGCAUUAACCUUGCAUUGUGUCUUAUGUGCAUUUACAUAUUUUAAUGAGAUAAAGGUACCUUUCAUACGUCGAUAGCAAAAAAUUCUACGUCGUUUAUGUCUUCCAAUAAAUACUUCAAAGUUUCCUUUUAUGUUAACAUUGUUAUUGUUUAACAUAUAUAUGUAUUUUCAUAUAUAUGUAUAUGUAUUUAUAUAUCGCAUAAAUGCAUUAGGAUAUUGUGAUAGUGUAUGUAUGUGUGAGAUACGUGCGCGUAGAAUCUGUCUCUCGGGAAAACAAUAAAAGAUUACUAUGUUCUUAAA